GAAAGCAAUAAAUCUUUCUUCAGAUAUUUCUCCUUCCUUUCAGUUUCUAACAUGGUAUCAGAGUUAUAAGCUCUUGGUUCUUUUCUCUUAUCAUCGCUGUUGGAUUUUUUGGAUUUGGAUUUUCAAUUCCAUUCCAGAUCUGAAACUUUGUCAUUGGGAUCUCUUCUCAUACAGAUUGGAUUGUUUAUCCUCGAUUGUCAGACCAUUUCUGAGGUAUCUUGUUGGUUUGUUAUUUCGAUCUUGGCAUCUAUUUCUCCAUAUUUUUAGAGUUUUUCAAUAUUGUGAGUUUACUGAUUCUAUCAUGAGUUUUGAAAGGAUUGUAACUCAUCCUGCUACUGCUACGGUUGCCAAAGAAGUGAUAGAACAACCUAAUGUCAACCUUGAAUCCCUAAAACAGGUGAUAUUAAAUCUUUUUAAUGCUCCUACUGCCUUAUCUACUGCUCCGGGUACCAAACCUUGGUAUUUCGAUUCUGGUUAUUGUAACCAUAUGUCUUCAAUUACUGCUCAUUUCUCUUCAAUGUCACCUAAUAAUUCCUUUCCUGAUAUUUAUUCUGCUGAUGGUUCCCCUAUGAAUGACCCACGGACAGGACAACUUCUUGGAACUGGUCGCAAGGUGGGGCGUUUGUUUGAGCUCAACUAUCUGCAUAUUUCUGAUAAUAAAAUGGAUACACCAUCAUUUCCAAAUGAUCGAUUCAUCAAAACCCUGCUUUGUGCUAUUGAAUUAGAGUCUUUGCAAAUUCCAUAUCAACAAAUCUUCCAAGUCUAUGCUGCUACUAACAUUUCUCCUCUCCAUUUGUGGCACUCACGACUCGGACAUACCUUUGUCGGUAAACUUCGUCCACUUAUCUCUCGUGGUUUAUUAGGAUCAGUUCUAAAUGAAUCUGUGCAUUGUGUGUCAUGUCAAUCUGCAAAGCAACCAGCUUUAUCUUUUUCGAGUAGUCAUUCUCAUUCUACUGCUCCUUUUGAUCUUGUGCAUUCUAAUGUUUGGGGUCCAUCUCCUACACCCACCAUGGGGGAGCGAUUUUGGGGUGAGGCUGCUCUUACAGCUGCUUAUCUUAUUAAUCGCAUUCCAUCAUCAGUCCUUAAUAACCAGUCUCCAUAUGAGUGUCUCCAUGGUAUUCUUCCUGCUUAUAAUCUUCUUAAGGAACACACUAUGUUCUCAUCAUUGUCAAACUUCAAAGUGUCAUCCUCUCAUCAACCUCCAUUUUUUACUAAUCCUUCUAUUGAGCUAUUUCCUAGUGAUUCUAAUGCAGGUACAUCUGAUAAGCUCUACAAUGCCUCACCACAUGCUCCAACCAGUUUUGUAAAAGAUGAUCUGCCUACUGGUAAUGCAUUAGAUAAUUUUGAGCCUUCUUCUACUUCCUCGUCUACAAAUGAGCUUGUUGUCCCAUCCUCGAGUCAUCCUACUCGGGUAAGAAAGCCUCCAAACUACCUUCGUGAUUAUCAUUGUUUUCCUGCUAUUACUUCGUUACAUGAGCCUCAAUCCUAUCAAGAGGCCUCUUCUAACCCUCUUUGGCAACAAGCUAUGCAAGAUGAAUUACAAGCUCUUAAGAACACUCAUACAUGGGAUUUAGUUGAUCUCCCUGCUGAAAAAUCUCUAAUAGGCUGUAAAUGGGUGUACAAGAUCAAAACGCGAUCUGAUGGUUCUGUGGAGCAUUAUAAGGUACGCUUGGUUGCCAAGGGUUUUACACAGGAGUAUGGAAUCGACUAUGAAGAGACAUUUUCUCCAGUUGCUCGUCUUACAUCUGUGCGCAGUUUGCUUGCUAUCGCUGCUAUACAGAGAUGGAAAUUGUUUCAGAUGGAUGUGAAAAAUGCUUUUCUUAAUGGUGACUUAGAAGAAAAAGUUUAUAUGAAACCACCUCCUGGGCUCCACCAUCCUCCAAACAAGGUAUGUCAAUUGCGUCGAGCAUUAUACGGGUUGAAGCAAUCCCCUCGAGCCUGGUAUGCAAAGUUUAGUGCUACUGUGAGUGAGUUUGGUUUUACUUCCAGUCCACAUGAUAUAGCUUUGUUCAUUCGUAAGACUGCUCGGGGUAUGGUUCUUUUACUUCUUUAUGUUGAUGACAUGAUUAUUAUUGGAGAUGAUGUCGCAGGUGUUGAGGAGUUAAAACAAUCUCUCAGUCAGAAAUUUGAGAUGAAAGAUCUUGGUGUUCUAAGCUACUUUUUGGGGCUUGAAGUGACCUCUUCAGAUGAUGGCUACCUUCUUUCUCAAAUAAAAUCUACCACCGGUUACUAUCUUUUCCUUGGUAAUUCUCUCAUCUCUUGGCAGAGUAAGAAACAAGCUAUUCCAUCUCGCUCUAGUACAGAAGCUGAGUAUAGAGCUCUCGGGGAUACCACAUCAGAACUUCUUUCAUUGCGGUGGCUUCUUGAAGAUAUGGGCAUUCCUCAACCUUCUUCUACUGAUUUAUAUUGUGAUAAUCAAAGUUCUAUGAAGAUUGCUCAUAAUGAUGUCUUUCAUGAACGCACUAAACACAUUGAGGUUGAUUGUCACUUUAUUUGCCAUCAUGUUGCACAAGGAACUGUACAUUUGGUUUCCAUUGGCUCUGCUGAUCAACCAGCAGAUCUCUUUACCAAGGCUCAUUUUCCUGGACGCUUUCGUACUCUUCUUUCCAAACUCAAGUUGGUUUCAUCACAACCACCUUGAGUUUGAGGGGGAUGUUAAGAUGUGAACAUAAUUAUAUUUAGAAUUAUUGUAAAUAUUUUAUACUUUAGAAUAUUCUCUUUGUAUACUUUAUACCUUAGAAUAUUCUCUUUGUAAACACCUAUAUAUAGGUCAUUGUACAUACAGUAUAAUUCAAGAAAGCAAUAAAUCUUUCUUAAGAUA